UCGGACGAAAGUCUAAACUCUCAAUUCUCUCACUUUCUCAAUCUGUUCUCUGAUUCUUCAGUUUCCUGCAAUCCGCAUAGCUCAGUGUCAGAGGCCAUUGAAGGAUUAAUCAGACAAUCAAACUCGCCCAGUUGAAGCUGAUUCAGCCAAACUCGGUGAGUGAGUCAAUUAUGUUUGCUUUUCUCUCUUCAAGACAGCUACUUUUUAUCACACAUAGGAAUAGGAGGACCCAAUUUCUAUUGGGUCUUCUUCAGAAAAAAGCCAUCUUUAGCAUCAAAUCAUUUACAUCAAUAGCUUUAUCUGAAUCAGAGCAGCAAAAAACACAUUCUUUUACAGUGUCUUAUCUCAUAAACUCAUGUGGGUUGUCACCAAAAUCUGCUCUUUUAGCAUCCCACAAGGUACACUUUGAAAACCCAGAUAAACCAGACUUAGUGCUUAAUCUUCUUAAAGAGAGUGGAUUCAAUGACACCCAAAUCACCAAACUCGUCACAAAAAUCCCACUGCUGCUUUUAUCUCAUCCUGAGAAUACCCUUUUGCCCAAAUUCGAGUUUUUGCGCUCUAUAGGGGUUUCAGGCUCUGACCUCCCUAGAAUCCUUAGUUUGAAUCCUGACAUGCUGAGAAGGAGCUUAAAGAACAAUCUUAUUCCCUGCUAUGAUUUCCUCAAGAGUCUGCUUUUUGAGAAUGAGAAAGUCAUUACAGCUUUAGGGCGCUCUCAAAGGGCUUUGUUAAGUAAUGGAACAAAGACUAUGGUUGAAAAUAUUGCACUUUUGAGAGAAGUUAGAGCACCUCCAUCCACCAUCUCUUUCUUGGUGACUCGUUCUCCGUCUGUUGCAUUCAGUAAGCCUAGUAAGUUUGUGAAAGCUGUCCAGGAUGUUAAGGAAAUGGGUUUUGAUCCUUCAAAAGUUGCAUUUGUGCAAGCAAUCUUAGUGGUUUUGUCAAUAAAAAAGCCGACGUGGGAAUAUAAAUUUGAGAUUUUUAGGAGGUGGGGUUGGUCUAAGGAGGACACUCUCUUAGCAUUUAGAAGGUUUCCAAAUUUUAUGCUUUUAUCGGAUGAGAAGAUCACAAAAGUAAUGAACUUUGUUGUGAACAAAUUGGGACGGCCAUCAACAGAUAUUCUUAUGAAUCCUGUGGUUCUGAAUUUAAGCUUGGAGAAGAGGAUUAUCCCUAGGUGUUCAGUUGUUCAAAUUUUGUUAGCCAAGAAUUUGAUCAAGAGUGAUUUAAGCUUAGCGACUUUCUUACUACCUAAUGAGAAGUUCUUUUUGGAGAAGUUUGUUAUAAAAUUUCAGGACAAUGUUCCUAAAUUGUUGAGCGUGUAUCAAACUAAAAUGGAUCUUUUGGAUGUAGAAAUUCAAUCUAAGAAGGUAUGUGGAAUUGAACUGUUUUAACUUUUUUACUCCAAUAUAAUGUUAUUCUUGCCUUUGACUCUCAUGGAUGCAAGGUUUUGCAUUUUAGAUUUAUUGGAUAUGGGAUUUGCGUUAUCUCAUACUGUUUUCACAUGUGUAUGUAAUUUCCAAGACAACAAUCUCAAAUGUAAAACUUUGACAUAGAUUUGAUGAUUUUCUGAUUAGAAAUUUAGAAGUCAGUAAAUCUUGUGUGUUACUAUUUACUACUUUUGUACAGGAAAAAAAAAGAGAAAAAAAUUGGGAGUCUUCUUGUUAGAUGGGGCAUGAGUCUUAGAUGGCUUUAAUAUAGUUUGCAACUCUCUAAGUGCUAAAUGUGGUCUGUGCUAUUUGCUCAGGGCAACACACACAGGGCAGUAUUCACCUUGGAAUGUCAUCUAAUUGCCUUACAUUAGGUCUGUUACAAUAUUUCAAAUAAAUGGAGUCUGUAGACAAUCUUGAGUUCUCAAACAAGUCACUCUAAAGCCGAUAGAGCUAAAGGUAAAAAAGGUCAUAUGCAGUGCACAAGACUCCUGCUUUUGCUGGAUUUAGUAGAGGAAAUUGGUAGCCAGAUUAUGGACUCCAACUCGUGACACAUGGCUUAAGCACUAAGAAGUUGUGAACUUGUGCAUAGGUAGAGCUGAAAGUACUGUUCUUGAAUUGAGAACUCAUGCACAUGGCUUUCGAGUGUUCUUUUACCAUUAAAUAUGGAACUUUAUCACACCCGUCA